AUGACUACCACUCCGGCUGGCAAGGCCGUGCGGCCAAGGCUGAACACCACGACGAACUGGUCCCUGCCGAGAGAUCAGGCGGGCCGCCCGGACCCGGAAGAGCUUUCCCCGCUGUCACCAGGACGGGCUGCUGGGGAGUACGGCUGGGGACAACAAAAGGGGAGCCAUGGCCACGGAAACAGGGCGGAUGAGCAGCAGCAACAGCAACAGGGCUGUGAGAGCUUGACUAUGGAGACGCUCACUUCGAAACCUCGCGAUAGUCUUGGUAGUAUGCCGUCUGACAUGUUGGAGGAGUUGAGGAAAAUUAUCAAAGAAGAAGUUGCCCAAGUCGCUCAAGUCGCUCAACUGAAGACCAAUGAGACUGGCAUUCCCGUCGACGCAGCUCGGUUUCCCCCCUUAUCCAGCCAGAAUCCCGCCUUCACGCCGGCGUACCCCAGCCCGCCGCCUUCCGUCAUCGACGCAGGCGGUGCCUCCAAGACCUCAUCACCUAGAGAUCGCAGUCCGGAAUUCGCACACGCAAAGCCCUCGUCGGCGCCUCCUCCUCCGCAUCAGCAACAACCGCCGCCAACGACGGUUCCCGUAUCUGCACCUCAGUCCACACCGCCCAUCAGCCCUCAGCAAAGGGGAGUUCACUUUAGAAAGAGGGCAUCACCGGUCAUCCAUUGCCAACCGCGUGUUGAAACGGACAAUGAGGACGAGGUCUCGCCAACUGCUCCUGCGUCGCCGCGAGUUGAGUUGAGCAGUGUUGACAAGGCGUGGGGCGUGUUGUUCGACUCAGAGGGAUAUCCUACCAAUCGACUGAACAGUGUGCUCAGAGGCCUCGCUACCUUUAUGGUUACGGAGUUUGGGUCGCCAGACACGCUCGUCGUUACCCCUGAAAAGAUGCUGAUGCUGUACACCAAGUACAAAGUCGAACCUGAAAGGUUCCAGUAUGAAGACAUCUUUAGGUCUCGGUCCAAAGACGCCUUGGAGCGAAUCGAGUUCCUGUAUCAAGAUUUAGACUGCCAAUACCACCUCGUCCAGGCCGCACCCAGAUCUCACCCCAACAUCCCCGGCUUGACCCCCGCAGGCUUCGCCAAAUGGAUGAUCAGCAACAUCCUCGCCUACCCAGACCUGGAAGCCAGGCGUCUACACGCCAUCAUGACCGCCCUCCCUAUCAACGCCGAUGGACCCCUCCUCAACGACAAACCCGAAAGACUCCCCAGACAGCUAUCCCGGCACCUCUUCCCAGAGAUCCACGACAAAAAGGUCCGCAAGAUCACUGAUGAAGCUAUGUGGGACUGCCUAGAGGACGUCGCGCCGCCCCUACCGUCCAUUCCAAAAUCUCGACCGGCUCCGCUACCUCAGGACGUGACAAGACUCCCGGAGGCGAACACGCACACUCGCCGGUCUGGUAGCGACCUCCCCAAACGUCCCGCAUCCCUCCCGCACCGAUCGAGGACGUACGAUCGCGGUGCCCACCGCGUCGAACCGCACCCGGCUCGUCUCCCGCGCGCCAACUCGGACGCGGGCGCACUCAACUUCUCAACGACAGCGGAGUCCGCCGCCGACGAAUAG